CAGCCACAAAAAGAGAGCUGCAAAGCACGUGUACAUCUGGAGCACUAGAGAGCUGCAACUACAGACUGCACCAUGCGUUUCAACACACUGUUCUUGCUCUUCGUAUCUUGUCUCUCUCUUGCACUGGCACAAGUGACUUAUGACGACUGCUGUUUGAAAUAUGUGAAAAGAAUGUCCAAUGGCGCUCAAAAACAUGCAGUGGACUACAGAAACCAGGUGACAGAUGGAGGCUGCAACAUCCCUGCUGUAAUCUUCGUCAUGAGAAAGGGACGUGUGUUUUGCGCAGACCCCAGAGAGAGAUGGGUCGAAGAGCUGAGGGAGAAGAUUGACAAAAAGAAAUCCCUAAAAGGUGUCAAGAGCUCCCCCAAGAAGCACCAUCCACGACGGCCGUACAGAGGCUGAGGACGACUGCCUGCUACAGUGGCUCCUGUUCAUUUUUCCUUCCUCUGCCAAAACUUAAGCAAUAAGCAGUUUUAUGAUGUCUUAUGGGAAAGGCAGUCAAGGACGCUAGCCAGGGAAAUCUUCUAGCCUUACUUUUGCUUUCACUCUUCACUAAGAUAAAGGUCAAAAGCUUAGGUGGGCCCAUCGACUGGCCAGCACAAAUCACAUAUAAAUGCGUUCAAUAGCAUGGCUGCUUCAGUGAGCAUAUUUGUGACAAUUUUCUUGUCCUUUGAAACAUCAGAUAUUCAAUAAGCUGUUAAUUAAUGUGAUGGAGUGUAAAUGGUAAUAAUAUACUGUGUAUAUAUAUAAAUGCAAUAUUUCAAGUAUUUCUUGCAUGUUGUGUCCAGAUGUCUGCUUGUUUAUGUGCAAACACUAAUUGGUAAAUGUAAAUGCUUUUCUGAAAUGUGUGUAAUAGAAAAGGAGUCUUCAUUUCAUCUUAAUGGUUUAAAUGUCAGUCUUUUUUGUUGAGGUUUUAUUACAGUAAAUGUGUUCCAAUAAAAGCAUUAUUACAAUAAACUGGCUUAUCACCA